UAACCGCGAGAUAUCCACUCAAAACAACCCAUUUUACAGUGUUCACGGAUAUUUUGUGGGAAACAGUAAAAUGUUUGAUUCAGCAGUAAUUCAUACGGAGCAUAAGGAUGUGAUACACGACGUAGCCUACGAUUACUAUGGCCAACGAAUGGCUACAUGCUCCAGCGAUCAGUACGUGAAGGUUUGGGAUCAAAACGAACCCGGUGUGUGGAGUGUUACUGCAAGUUGGAAAUCGCAUUCCGGUUCCGUAUGGCGCUUAUCGUGGGCCCAUCCGGAGUUUGGGCAAGUGCUCGCUACCAGCUCGUUCGACCGAACCGUUUCGGUGUGGGAAGAAACGGUGGGAGAAAAAACAAAUCCGGCCAUGCCACCGCUCAAACGUUGGGUACGACGCACGAACUUGGUUGACUCGAGGACUAGCGUGACGGAUGUUAAAUUUGCACCGAAAACACAAGGCCUGAUGCUGGCGGCUUGUUCCGCCGAUGGAAUUAUACGUAUCUACGAAGCGCCGGACAUCAUGAACCUGUCCCAGUGGACGCUGUCUCAUGAGAUCAGUGUAAAGAUUCCGCUCAGCUGUCUGACCUGGAAUCCGUCAAUGUUCCGAUUGCAUCCACCGAUGAUAGCGGCCGGAAGUGAUGAUUCUUCACAGAGUACCGGAGGGAAGGUGUUCAUUUUUGAGUACAGCGAAAACUGCCGCCGUUGGACUAAAACGGAAACCAUCAACUCGAUCCUCGAGCCUGUCCACGACAUCGCAUUUGCGCCUAACGUUGGAAGAAGCUAUCAUAUCUUGGCCGUCGCUAGCAAGGAUGUUCAAAUCUUUAACCUCAAACCCAUUCUCGAUCCCAUGGCGGGCACCAGACUGGACGUUCAAACUGCUGCUCAAUUCGGUGAUCAUUAUUGUACCGUAUGGCGCGUUACUUGGAACAUUACGGGUACGAUGCUAGCCUCAACGGGAGAUGAUGGAUGUGUACGAAUGUGGAAAAUGAAUUAUCUAAAAAAUUGGCGUUGUGCUGCCGUUCUUAAGGCGGAAAACUCCGAAUCAGCUCCGGAUGUUUCGGUGACACCGUCCCUGAAAUCCAGCAUUGUAAAUGCAACGGCUAAAUACUAUAAAAGAGGCACCAUCAGUCACCCGGGGCAAGUGCCACGACAUUGAAGGAAGGUUCGGUUCAGCUGUUGGUCGAUGAAGUUGCUUUUGCGCCAUUUCUUUUUUCUAAACUUUACUGUGUUCCAUUUAAAAAUAUACUGCAUGAA